CACACUUCAGUGCAUUCGUAAAACCCUGGCAUACAAUAAUAUAUCAUUCUGCAUGUAUACACCACCAAAGCAUAUACAUUUCUUUUAAAACUGUGUUUUUAGCAUAAAUCAAAGGACAAGUUUUCCUAUAGCACUUCGCACGGGCGUAGGAAGAGGAAUUCUGAUAGAACACAAGGCAAAAGAUUAUAUAUAUUAUAUUAUAUGCCAGUUUAUUCUCGAUGUGAAUGCAAUCUCUGUUGCAAGUUGUGGUUUUAUAUAUGACACAGAUUUGUGCAUCUGGGACCAGCUGGUGUGAUAUAUGCUUACAUUUUUGUUGUGUUUAUCUGCCUGUGACGAUAAUAGUCGAAUAUGGAGGAAGAUUAUGACGACGAGGAGGAGAUUCUUCUUCCCGUGGAAAAGCAGUUUCACGAGGCUGCAAGGACAGGGGACCUCGCGCUGGUAGACUCCCUGAUCGCACAGAAAAUCAAUGUCAACUGCAUGGAUGAGCGUGAUCGUACAGCUUUACAUCUUGCAGCAGCUCAAGGCCAUACUGAGGUCAUUGAAUCGCUCACGGAUGCUGAUGCUAAAAUAGAAGUACCAGAUAAGUUCGGAAUGAACGCCCUCUUGUGGGCGACGUGGUUUGGGAAGCACGAAUCCAUGAAGUCUCUCGUGAGAUCAGGCGCCAAUGUCAAGGCAGAAAAUAAGCAAGGAAUGACGAUCGUCCACUGCGCUGCAUCUCGGGGACAUCGUAAUGUCUUGGAGUACAUCGUACGGGAACUCCUCGAUGAGGACCCCAUGGAUAGUGACUACGAAGAGGACGAAAGCGGCGGGGGCAUCUCUCUUAAUGCUGUGUCAGGCAAGAUGACUGGGUUGUUUAGUGCAGCCGGCAACAUGAUGGGCAACAUCGGCAACCUGGCGACGGGCAAAAAGGCAGAAGAGAAGAAGAAGACGAGAAGUGUGGACUCCUUCGUGGAAAAGAAAACAGACAAGGCAGAUGGUGGGAAAUCUCCCCUCCACGUGGCGGCAGAGCACGGACAAGUCUCGGCGCUGGAGUACCUGGCCAAAGUCAAGUGCAACAAAUUCGCCAGGGCAGGCGACGGUUCUACAUCACUCCAUCUAGCGGCGGGAAAUGGACAUGUUGACAUGGUUUCAAAGUUACUCGAGUAUAAACUUGACAUAAACAUCAGAAAUGAGGAAGGGAAAACGCCAUUGCUGAUGGCUGCUGAAUCCGGUCAUGCUAGUAUCGUCGAGCUAUUACUUUCCAAGGGAGCCGAUGGCAACGCUCAAGCAAACAAAAGCAUGUCGGCGGCCCAUCUGGCAGCGAAGAAUGACCACCCUUCAGUCAUCAAGGUACUUGCGUCAAAUAAGUGUAAUCUCAAUAGCAAAGGGAUGCAUGGGAAUACUCCUCUACACGUUGCCUCCACGCUGGGCCACAUAGAGAGUGUCCAAACCCUUCUUUCCUGUCGUUGUAAAGUCAACGUAAUCAAUGACAAAAGAAGAUCGGCUCUUCACGACGCGACUGAGAAUGGACUGGCAGAUAUUGUGGAACUUCUUCUUGUAGCUGGCAUCAAUGUACAAAUACAGGAUAAGAAUGGAAAGACUGCUUUAUCAAUGGCGGCCAGAGCAGAUAAUAUCACCAUUGUCGAUAUGAUUAUUAAGGCGGACAGGUACUUCGUAAAGCACAAGAGGAGACCAGGGGCGAUCCCCGAUCUGAACGUCCUCCAGUUCCGCAAAGAGGACCCCGACAUCGCGGAGGUCAUGCGGCCUAUCUGCUACAAACUUGCCCACAAACAACUCGCUAAGGAUGACAGCAAGCGACUCUUCUACUACUGGGGUUUUAAACCUGAACAUAUAACAGCCAUCGAAACACAAGAAACAGGUAAGCACUCAUGGAAGGAACAUGGGUACCGUAUGAUGUUGAUCUGGUUACAUGGUCUCGAGGAUAACCCUAUUAAGGAACUCUACGAAGGGCUUACCAACAUAGACUGCAAUAAAUUGGCUGAACAAAUUCGGGCCAAGGAGAAUAAAAGAGCAGAGGCAAAUGGAUCCAAUUGUGUGCUUUCUUGACCACUCAAUGAAGGACAUUUUCUGAUUUCAUUGUGGCGCCCGGGUUAUCAUAAUUGUGAUCUUUGGUGUCAAAUGAACAUCUUACUGAUGAAAAAAACUGGAGGCGAAUGUCAGCAGAAAAGUUGAUUAGAUGAGGUUCUUUACCCAGAUAUUUCAAGGAAGUGGGAGCUUCGAGAGAGGCAUGUUGAACGGUACAUCCAAUACAAUACACCAACUACCAUGACUCCUGGCAAGCAUUCGUGAAAUCAUCAUGUUCGUCAUGAUUUCCGAAGAGAGGUUGGUGUUUGGAAAGAAUGGUGAAUUUAAUCGAUUAAAAAAGGAUACAUACUGUAUACAUUAAUAUUCACCUGAAUGUGAUAUCGCAUGUGAAUAAUGCAGUAUUAGGGGCCUUAGAAAAGUAAUGCAUUUAACUCACAGUAUUGUGUCAGAAUGUCAACCGUUAUUCAUUUUAAUAUUUAAUUGCUGAUUACGCAUAUAUAUCUAUUUAGGUAUUUCUAGAAGUAUAGAGUAAAGUUAUGCUUGUUCACUAGUUAUGUACUCUAAAAAGUUAAGUAGGGCCUACUAAAUCAGAACUUUAGGGGUUCAUUUAGUGACUGCACUUCCAGGUGUUGAUUUGAUUUGCAGCACCGCGGGUGCUAAAACAGCAUGUGACGUGCUAUAUUUCAACGCCCAAGGUGCUGUUUUAGAACCUCAAGUGCUGAAAAUCACCAACGGACGUGCAGUCAAGAUAUACGAGUUCCUUAAGAUGAUGAAUUAGCACUUUUUUAAAAGAGUGUAUGCAAACAAAAGAAAGAUAUGUGAAGUUUGGGUCGAUAGCCUGAGACAAAAGUGGUCCUCAAUAUAAAAGAAGGAAUCUGUCUCUUCAGAAUCCAGUGGGAAAUCAAUCUUUCUGUGCAGAUCCACCAUGACGACCGUCUCUUUCUUUUAUUACGUCACUAUCCAAGAGGAAGGCGCGGAUUGAGUUGCACAAUCUUAUUAGACGACCCCUGAAGAUGUGGCGCAACGUGCAUACAGAAAGCGCCAUAUUCUCAAAACACUGGGUCCUUGUUCAUAUUCAAAGGUGAAUCAGAUACCAUAUUGUAACCGACCUCUCGACAAAUAUGAAUAAUUCAAUUCCAAAAUUUCCAAACGGUUCUAAAUCCAGUUUUUUCACGCUUAAAAAGGAAGUGUAACAAUUGUUUAUAUCUUCAGCGGAGUAGGAAACACUAGAUUGAGUUAAUAUAACAUAAUUAUUUAUUCAACAUUUAGUCAAAUAAUUUACUCUAAGACAGGUAGAUACUUAAGGAGAACAAUAGGUGUGGUUUGGAGAAAGAAAGAAAAAAUAAGCUACAUUGAGCUCGGGAAUGGAAAGGAGGGGGAGGGGGCUUCAAGAUGUACCAAAGAUUUAAAUUAACCCAAGAACAUUUUCUACGUGUAGGCAUAUACGUAUAAAUUAAAUUCAUUUUACUCCUCCCAUGCUAGUCGUCAGAACUUUCAAGUCCAUUUACUCACCCAAAUGUCUGAAAGGUAACAUAAAACAAGCCCUAUAUACAGUCUUUUCAGUUUACCACAACCUCCUCGAAAAAAGUAUUAGAAAUCAUAUCGUGCUCUUUAUUGCUGUAUGAUAUAUAAGCAAUAUAAAAUUAGACAAAAUAAACGAUAUAUCUUAACGAUGAAAUGGUAUGUAAGACGCAAUAUCACCUUUACUUGCCCUGUUUAUUGUGGAGGGGGGGGGUGUAAAGGAACAAUUCUGUUAACGAGACGGCAAAAUUGCUCGUGGUUACAAAAUGUGCGUUAUUGAGAGUGGGGUCAGUAAAGCAUGUCAUUCUGUCUUACAUCUAGUCAAAUAAAUCGGUCACUUUUGUAGAUUACAAGCUUGGCGCCAAUUUAAAAAAAAACAGGCCUACAGCUAGGAAUUCCUACCUCGAAUACUUGUUUGUGUAUUCUUUAUUGCCGGAUAUAUAUAUAUAUUCAAAAUGUCUAUUUAUUUGUGAUGUUAUUUGCCUGAAAGUGACAUAAUAACAAAGAGGUAAUCCUGGGCGAAUAUAUUUGAAAUUAUUGAUCUGUAUAGCAUGUAGCUUACAAAAUGAUAUUAUUUUUAUUUAUGUUAUUUUUAACGAAAUUUCGAGUGAAGUAAUCACAUCAAUAAAAUAUUACCAGUGUGCGCCCGGCUGACGGUAA